AUGACAAGGGGCUCUGUGAAAGAGUCUAGCAAGACGGUGCGACAACGAGAGCGCAUGGCCGAAAAGCGCGACAAAGAAGAAAGCGGCCGGUGUGACGACAAGACUUACACUUGGAAGUGUGAUGAUGCCGUUUGUAUGUUCAGGGCCUCAAUAGUAGACUACGUCAACAGUAAAGAUCUCGGAUGGAAGGCGUCGUACUAUUCAAAGGGAAAGGGAAGAAAAAAACUGGGCAGUGAACUCGGCUUGAGAGGCAAGUCGUUAGCAUUUGCAUUAAAGUACAGAUUAGGGACCCGAUUAGGGACAAGCGUGUUGGAGCCAUAUUUGAAGAAGCCAUCCAUUACAGUGCGUAUAUCUAGCCCGUCGAGAUCUAUAAACCAAAUAUCGCAAUAUGUAUUUCACCCUCAUACCGAAUUGAAAAAAAGAUCAGUGCCAGACAUCUGCGAGACAAGACAAACAGGGGUUUUUAGGCCUAAGGAGACUACUAGUAUGUCGAAUUCAGCAGAAAACGAAACAUUUCCAGAUAACUUUACUUGGGUGGGUUUGGUGUCGGCUGUCCAUGAUCAGGGGAAGUGUGGAAGCUCUUGGGCCUUAAGUACAGUUGAUGUCGCCUCUGAUCGUCUCGCGCUGCAUUCUGAGGGAUCUAUCAACGUGACUCUCUCCCUUCAACAACUGAUCUCUUGCAACAGAAAAAAUAAGGGGUGUAAAGGGGGCCGCAUGGCUUUUGCAUGGGAGUACAUUAAGAAAGUAGGACUUCUAACUGAAGAAUGCUAUGGUCCUUACAUAAGUGACAAGAAAAAAAACAGGAGAAAGUGUAUAAUUAAAAAAGAAAACCUGAAACAAGAUGAUUUUAACUGCCCCAGCAACAACUUAGUUUCAGGCCAAAAAUAUCAAGUCUUCGAGGGAAAACGUAUCCCCAACAACGAAAAGGAAAUAAUGAAAGAGAUUCGCACCAAUGGUCCUGUCCAGGCCACAUUUCUUGUAAGAGAGGACUUCUAUAUGUAUGAAAGUGGCAUAUAUACUUAUUCUAAUCUACCAAGUCACAUGCGCAGUGAGCAUGGAUGUGGCUACCACGCAGUCCGAAUAGUUGGGUGGGGCUCAAAUGAGGAAGGCAAAAAAUAUUGGGUUGUUGCUAAUUCCUGGGGCCCGGAGUGGGGAAAAAAUGGAUAUUUCCAUAUCAAGAGAGGCGUCGACGAGUGUGGGAUUGAGUCAGACGUGUAUGGUAUCAAUAGUGCUGAGAAAAAAGUGGGUAUAAGGAAGCCUGAUCGGCUAAAUAUUGAACGAAGAUCAGACUUAAAAAAUUUAUACAAAAGGCACCCCGAGCAUACUGAGACUACCCCUUAAAAUUCUACUCGAUAACGUUAACUAUUUAUGUUGACCACUAGAUUCCCAUUUACAAAAAUAUUGACUGUAUUUCUUUAUUUAUUAACAUUCGUUUGAAAAGCUCAACAUGUACGUCCACCAGUCUAUAUGCACCUCGUAAUAGUCUGCCAGCUCUAGAUACAAGGAGAUGUUUGUCUGAGUGUCUGCCACAAAAAGCAACUACUAUACAGUGUCAUUUAUAUGCCCUACACUGGACUAUGUUUCGUGUAUAUGACAACAGGGGCUUUCACUUAAAAACAAGGAUUUGAGCAAGGAUGUAUUGACUUUACAUGGGGGAUCUGCACUAUUGACUUAUUAACAUGGGGAUAGUAUCAUUUAUCCCAUGCCUAGUAGAGUUUUAGGGAGAUAAGUUGGUAAGGUAAAUCCCAUAUCCUGAUUUAGGAGUUUCCAUAUCCAGAACCUCCAUAUCUCCCGUCAUAUCUUCCGUUCGAGGGCAUAUCUUCCCGCUUUGAAAAAAAA